AUGUUUUGGACUGUUUCAUUUUUAAUGUCAAUUGCAGGAUUUUGUUUUUAUGCAAAUGGUGUAUAUUUGAAAUGGAUCCGAAAUCCAGACAUCGCACUUAAAAUUAAGUUGAAGUCAAUUCGAGAAAUUCCAUUUCCAGCUGUCACAAUUUGCUUACCACUUUUUGCAAAGUCAAAUUCAAUAAAAAUGAGUUCAUUUGUUGAUAUUCGAAAUUUUUCAAUCAGCAGAUUACUUUUACCAGAAGAUCAAAGCAUCAUUGGAGCUGCUGCACAAGCUUGUAAUCCAUUCGUAUCAUCUCGAAUAUCAAGAUUAUUACCGAAAGCUAGCAGUGAGAAAUUCAUUGAACAUUUAUUGCUCACAUCUUCAACAGUAAAUGAAGCAUUUGGAGCAUGUUUCUAUGACAGAAUGGAAGUAAAUUGUGAAAAAAUGAUGAACCGGAUUUUAUUUGACACUGGUCUUUGUUACACUUAUAACAUUCAAGGCUAUAAUACAAUUUUCAGAAAAGAAACAAUUUCAAAAGAUUUUGAUCUUUACAAAAGAAUGAAAAUAGCAAAAGCAUUAGUUGGACCAAAACAAAAUGAAACAGUAAAUGAUGAUAAACCUGAAAAACUUUAUUGGACAAUUUUUAAUGGAUAUGAAUCAGAAAGUGAUGAGGUUUUCCCAGUUAGGGCAGCUAAAAAUGGUGUUGUGACUUUCUACCCAAAAGUUAAUAUAAUUGACUUACCAAACAUUUGUCUACGAUACGGAAGAGGAUUCAGAUUGAUAUUACAUAGUCCAAAUGAAAUAGCAUCAUUUCCACAUAAUGAGUAUUUCAUUCCUUUCAACCAAGAACGGCAACUGACAAUUGAAGCAAAAUUCAGUCAUUUUAGUGAAGAACUUCGAAUUUAUGCACCUGAAAAACGAGAGUGUUAUUUUGAAAAUGAACGAAAAUUGAAAUUUUUUAAAUCAUAUUCUAAAACUCAUUGUCUUCUUGAAUGCCUCACUACAUUUACUCUUAAAAAAUGUGAAUGUGUGAAGUUUUCAAUGCCUCGAGAUAGCAAUACACCAAUUUGUAAUUUAACAAAAAUUUCCUGCUACAACGAAGCCCUUCAUCAGUGGCCAUAUGCUGAUAAACAAGAUGCAAAAACCUUAAUGCCAUGUGAUUGUUUUCAGCCAUGUAAUGAUAUAUCAUAUAGCGUGAAACUUGAUAGAACUGGAGAUUUUGAAUCGAAGAUUAAGAACAUUUCUAAAAGUGCUCUUUAUGCUGAAAUUGGCAUUAAAUUCAAUGAUAUUUUAAUUGAAGAACAGGACUUUUUUGUAGGUUAUAAAUUACAAAACUUCAUCGCAGAUACUGGAGGUUUACUUGGUCUCUUUAUGGGAUGUUCAAUUUUAUCAAUUGUUGAGCUGAUUUAUUACUUAAUCAAGGGAAUCUACAAUAAAUAUAUGAAAUAUAAAAACAAAAUAAAGAAAACUAAUUUCCUUAAAAGAGCUGAACAUCCAGUAUUCAUAAUGUCAUUCCACGAAGAUUUUCGCACCAAAAUGAGUAAACUCGAAUUUCCUGAAAAUUUCCGAUUUAAUGAUAAUGACAUCUACAUCGUUAAACGGCCAUUAUAUGAACGAUCUUUAUUAAAUAAUAAUUAA